AGUUACAUUUAAAUUUUGGCUAGCUUACUCACGGCUUAUAGUUGGAGAACGGAGUGCUUGGAGACAAAAGAGAUUGACCCCUGUCCGAGUCUAGAUACGCGUGUUUUGUGACACAUAUUGCGUUACAUUAUUUCAGUAUGUUUAGUUUGUUUUUGACAUUGGGCAAGGCAGCAUAAUGGUGGUUAAUGCGGCGCAGGUGAUACGAUAAUGGCUAAACUGAAAACUUAAGGAGAAAACUUUGAAAAGGAGUUGGAGUCUUCCCAGACAUUCUCCGUUAAUACUGUAAAAACGAAAGCCACCAUGGCAUCCACUGCUUCGGUUUUAAUGUGGGCAUUUGCUGUUAGUUUAUGCUUCGACGUGUCCAUGUGUUACUUUUCCAUACCGAUGAAAGUAUACACAGGGAAGUUCGGUGUCUCGUCGGAUGUGAAUUUGACUGCUCUUCUGCAAGUAUCGUCAUCGUCUAAUGGGAACGGGCUGUCUCUGGCCUCUGAUCCGACCGGUACAGUGAGCUUUCUCGACAUGGCAAACAACUUGUAUGGGGACUCUGGGAGAGGCUAUUACAUAGAAAUGUCAAUCGGAACCCCUGGUCAAAAGUUGAACAUCCUGGUGGAUACAGGCAGCAGUAACUUUGCUGUGGCUGCGGCACCACACCCAUUCAUUACUCAUUACUUCAACACUGCGCUAUCCAGUACCUAUCAGUCAUCUGGCAGCACUGUGGAUGCCAAGUACACCCAGGGCAACUGGGAAGGUGAACUGGGUACAGAUCAUGUCUCUAUCCCCAAAGGCCCAAAUGGAACUGUCAUCACCAACAUAGUUGCCAUCCUGUUUUCUGACGGCUUCUUCCUUUCUGGGAUCAACUGGCAGGGCAUCCUGGGACUGGCCUAUCCCAUGUUGGCACAGCCUGACUCAACUGUGGAGCCCUUCUUCAACUCUGCGGUGCAGCAGCUGGGAAUUCCUGAUAUCUUCUCCCUCCAGAUGUGUGGUGCUGGGUUAUUAGCCAGCAGCACAAUUGACCCCCCGGGUGGCAGUCUUGUCAUGGGAGGGAUUGAACCAGCUUUGUAUCAGGGGUCAAUAUGGUACACCCCAAUAGUAGAGGAGUGGUACUACCAAGUGGAGGUUUUGAAGCUCGAGGUAGGGGACCAGAAUCUGCAACUGGACUGCAGCGAGUAUAACAAGGAUAAAGCUAUAGUUGACAGUGGGACGACGCUGCUGCGACUUCCUGUCAACGUCUUCAAUGCAUUGAUAGAAGCCUUCACACACAGCUUUGUGGAGCUUUCUUCAGACUUCUGGAGUGGCACCAAGCUUGCAUGCUGGUUUAAGGGAAAGACCCCCUGGAGGGUUUUCCCCAACCUGUCCAUCUAUCUAAGGGCCAUGAACAGCAGCCAGUCCUUCCGAAUCACCAUCCUGCCUCAGAUGUACAUCCAGUCAGUCAUGGACCCGGAUGGCACUGUGGACUGCUAUCGUUUUGGGGUGUCUUCAUCGGUUAAUGGCCUGGUGAUUGGAGCUACUGUCAUGGAAGGCUUCUAUGUGGUGUUCGACCGCGCACAGCGGAGACUGGGCUUUGCACUCAGCAACUGUGCAGUGAAGGAUGGAACAGCUCUGUCAGAGAUCGCAGGGCCCUUCUCAGCAGCAGAUGUGGCGACCAACUGCUCCAGCUCGCGCCUGAUGGUGCCUUUUCUGUGGAUCAUCUCCUACGUCCUGAUUGCGAUUUGCAUAGCGGUGCUCCUCAUUCUGCUACUCCUGCUACUCCUGCCCUGCCAUUGCAGAGGCCACGCUGGGGAGAUAACCGAUGAGUCAUCACUGGUCCGCCACCGUAUUAAGUGACUGAGAGGAAACGGACCGGCGAUCAGGGUGACCUGGCAGGCAGACAGCGAGCAGAGCUCAUCCACAGUGGAGGAGAAGGGGGUGAGGCUGGACUCUGAAUGCUUGACUGACACAUCAGCACAGCCCACAGAGGCAGAUACAGAUAGAUCAAGUACCUCUUAAAGUGGAAAUCCACCCUACAACACUUAUUAAAAACAGCUGCUGGUGAUGUAUUUACAGUUCCAAUUUCUUGCUUGGUUAUGUAUCUUUGUUCUCUGAUCACUGGUCAUGUCAUUUUAUAUGUAGACAGUGAUGCAGAGAAAGGCGUCCAGCAUACAAGAAGAUCAGGUGCAGUCACUUACUAUAGCAUUAAAAGUUGCUAUGUAACUGCUACAGGGCAGAUUUUAGUGAUGGACAUGACUUGCUGCUUCUCAACUGGAAGACUGAAAUGAAGUGCAGUUUCAGAGUCCACUCAAAUCCAGUUCAGGCUUUUCUUCUGUAGAGACGGUGAAAACAUCUUUUAAACAAAGGAUGUGACCAAGUGACACAAACACCAGGAUGAACCAGACACUAUGAAACACUUUAUCGCUAAAUAAUUCCCCAUUACACCAGCAAUGAUGUGUCUAAGGGUGGAGUUUCUUCCUCACAGACAAUCACAGGACCGAGACUGGAGUUAUUUAUUUCUAAGGCCAUACCACUUCAAAAAAAUGUGCCUUGAUAGUUAGUAAUUUUCUACCAACAGAUCUUUUCAGCCUAAUGCCAACUCUAUACAAGUGCCUUCUUCCAUUGUGAAAUUCAUCUUUAGUCUUCUGUGGAGUGUAAUGUCACUGUUGAAGUUGAGGGGAAAAGCUGUUCCAACAAACAAACACAUGUUUACAGCUGACACUAGCGACAGCUCCCCAUGUAGACGUCAUGACACAGGACAUAAAAGCUGCUCCUUCCCUGAGACUGUGCUGCACAAUC